GGCUUUUGGUCUGUUAUAUUUUGUAUUAGUGUACAACACUUUAUUUGUAAAUAUGAACUAAUGGUGCAGUGAGUUUCUCGGAUGAAUCAGAAUUAAUUGUCGUUUCAAAUUGUCUACAAAGUAACUAACUAACUUGAUUGCUAAAUUUUAAGCACCUCAAAUACACAAGGCAAUGACAAGGUGUUCUCCCAGUUGACUGCAGUUAAAUUACAUUAAUUUGUCUCCAUUAGUGCACCUCAUCAUCUUAAAGCUGCCAUCUACCUUUUAGAGUUAUGUGUUCAUUGAGCAUUAGUGGGAUUACAAUAUUUUUCUGCUCCAGCAGCAUGUUGGAGAAACUGGGUGUUGAUCAAGUCUUCAUAUCAGGUUUCUCUGCCUGUCCAUCCUGUGUUACAUGAAAUGGGCAGCAGGUGGUGUAGUGGUUAGAGCUAGCUUGCACUCGAAGGACUCCAGUUCAAAGCCCAUCUGAUGGUGUAUAAGUAGGUUAUUUAUUGUAAGUCACUUUGGAGAAAAGUGUCAGCUAAGUGAAUAGAUUUAAAACAAUUUUAAACGCCAAACCUUGAACAUCAGCAGUGGAGUGUGCGGCUUAAUAUAACUCAGAUUUUUCUGAAAAAUAGCUUUUCAUGUUUAAUUUCUGUUAGCUAAAUACAUCAGAUUUUGUUUCUGGCAUGCAAACAAUUUGUGCUUUAACUGUGAAUGCUUUUUGUUUUUUUUUUUUCGUAUCUCUCUUGCAUUGAAAACGAAACAAAAGAUAUGAUCUCAAAAGUAGUAUAAAGUGUGUGGCUCAGCCUUCUGACUGCAUGUUGCUUUCAUGUGCACAGCUGUGAUCGGUCUCCUGUACCCCUGCAUCGACCGCCUCCUGGGUGAGCCACACAAGUUCAAGCGCGAGUGGUCCAGUGUCAUGCGCUGUGUGGCAGUCUUUGUGGGGAUCAACCAUGCUAGUGCAAAGGUGGAUUUCGCAAACAAUGUCCAGCUGUCGCUCACCCUGGCCGCCCUGUCCAUUGGGCUGUGGUGGACCUUUGACCGUUCCUGUAGCGGGCUUGGCCUGGGCUUUGCCAUUGCCUUCCUGGCCACCCUCACCACUCAGCUGUUGGUUUAUAAUGGACUUUUCCAGUAUACUUCUCCUGACUUUCUCUACGUACGUUCAUGGUUGCCGUGCAUCUUUUUUGCUGGAGUAAUAACCAUGGGAAGUAUAGGACGUCAGCUAGCUAUGUACGAAUACAAAGUUGUUCAAGAGAAGACACAUCAAGAUUGAUAAAGUCAGAAUUAUUACUUGUUUUGUUUCAUUUUUGAACUGGUUUAAAAUACCAAAUUGGGCUAUUGUAUUAACAGUAUAUGCAAGGUUCAUCUAAGUAGUGAAGCCGAAAGCUUCACUAUGUGCUCCCGUGCAGCCUGUGAUUGGAGCGUUACAGGACAGAAUGACACGGCCAUCUGUAGUAUUUCUUUUCAAACUUGGCUACAUUGUGCCAAAUUGGCUUUAUCAAGAAAUCUGUCGUAUAUAUUAUGUGGGAAUGCCUUCCUUGUUAGUGUUUGUGUUGUUUGCUCAACGAUAUGUGUGGCUAGCUGAAUAGCUUUCAAGUUAUGGACCUGUUUGGAUCAUUUUACUACUGCAGAAAAGAAAGGCUGUUCUUGUUAAGAUCGUUCAUGUGCUGCAAGCACAUGGCAACAUAUACAGUAUGUCGACAAAAGUGCAGGAAAAUAUUUUCAUGUUUUAGGUUAGAGUAGUAUACAUUAAUUAUUCAGUGGAAUGGUCUUCAGUUACUGUAAAAUAAAUGUCUAUUCCUGUGUAUUUUAUUGAGAGGAGAGUAAGACCUGCUCAUAGUCUGCUGCCUUUUUUGCAGCAUUUUAAGCAUUUGAAGUUUCCUGAAAGGGACAGCCGUAAGUAGUUUUAAGUGCAAUGGUAAGAAACUGUCUGUUUUUGUUUACAAUCACCACCACCGUUGAAGUACCUUGGACUGAAAGGAACCUCACCAGUCACUCUAAGAUAUUUAUCCAGAAGAAGGGGUGGAUUGAGAUAAAGUUGAAGGGAACUUGUUCAAUUAUUUUUAUGUAUUUAAUUUAAGAAUUCUGGAUUGUGGAUUUAUUUUAUUAAAAAUGUCCAAGCCAAGAAAUAACACGUAGCAACCAGUGAAACUGCUUCCUGUUGGUUGUUUUUCUACAGAACUAGUGUAAUCUGGUUCUGAAUGUGUAUGAGAUUUAGAUGUAAUACAGGUGUGUUGUUGGCAGACAUGUAUCAAAACUGUAAAAAGACCCAUCUUAAUCCUGGUUUUCCCUUAAUUUGUUUAAUCAAGCAGAAAGGAGUGUCUGGUAAUUGAACAGGGUGGUUUUCCAUGAUUGUAGAUUUGAAUAUACAGUGUACUGAUUAAAAAUUUUUAUUCCAGAUCA